CAGGGGAGAAGCCCCACCGAUAAGCUGCGCGGAUGAUGGUAAAUCCGGAUCCGAACGGUCCCCGGCAAAUUGCUUGUGGUUUUGCAUCUCUGCUCCCCACACAUAUUGCAAUGGCUUGGCACCACCAAAAUCAUGGACAUCGCCGCCAUUUCCCACCAACUCACCGCAUCCCCCCAGGCAUUUCCGGAUUGCUGUCUGGAUAUCUCCAGUACCUUGGUCGCUCAUCUAGCCGAGCUUCUGCCCCCGACACCUGCCUUCACGAUCUCCGUGGGCUGUGGAUCAGGUCUCCUGGAAGCACUGAUCGCAUAUCGUCAUCCGAGGACGCAAAUCAUUGGCGUUGAGGUGGCUUUGUCGGUCAAUCGCUAUCUCCCUGAAGAAAACAUAGACGUUGUCGGCGGCACAUGGGAUCUGCAUGCUGGCGCCGCUCAAGCGGCAGCUUGGAUGUUUGUCUACCCACGAGAACCGAAGCUCGUCACGAAGUAUCUGGAGACCUAUGGCAAUGGUUCAGUCCAAUUGAUCGUGUGGCUAGGGCCACGUGCGGAUUGGGCUGAUUAUGAGCCAUGCUUUCACAAUUCUUCUUUCUCGGUGUAUCUCCCGGAGGAUGAUAUCGGGUUAAUGGGAUAUGAAAUGCUCGCUAUCAUGAAGCGCCGCACCUAAUGGGAUUGUGG